UGCCCGCUUGACUGUUGGCUUUUCUGUCUCAGGAGAACUACGCGAAGAAGUUCAUUUAGGGAAAGCGAAGAGAAAAAUCAGGCAUGUUAACGCAAAAGAUGCGUCUCAGAAGCGAUGGGAACAUUUCAGAGAGCUUCAGCGGCGACCGCUGGUGGGUUUGCGCUCCCGUGCGCCAAGAGACGGAUUCAUAGGACGCGCGUCUACCCUCGAGCUCACGCGGAGAACAUCACCAACUUCUGCUGCGCGUGACUUCAUUACGCCACCGGUCCGGACCUCUAUACUUGUGUUUUAAACUUUAUGUAUUGAAGGAAUAAGAACACCAGAAGAACAAUGACAGUGACUUUCCCUCGCGCAUAAUAGCACUACUACUUUAGUGAAUGGUUUGAUUCUCGUUUCCAACGGAAUUUUGCUGAUAGUUGAAGGACACGGAUUUUUGGGGACGCAACAACGCUAAUCUGCAGUCGAACCAGUAACAAUAUCACAUGACUUUCCACAGGAUUAUGUUAUUUAUUCAACAACUUCUCACACUAGACUAUUCGUAAUGGCGUUUUUAAAUAUUAUACUACUACCCAGAAAGCCAAAGAUGAUCGCAGUACGGAUGGCGUUACUGCACGCGCUCCUCGUCGCGUCUCUCCACGGAGUGUGUGAGAGCAGGGGCGGAGGUAGCGAUCUCGUGCCCAGGUUCUCCUCAUCCUUGCCCACGUACCUCCCUGUGUCCUGCCAACUGCAGGGUGCAGAGUCAUCCUUCUUUCUCCGGGAGGCCACACAGGAUGUGAUGCGUAACGGGAGCUUGCAGACACGCAGUGAGCCUCUCUUUCUACACCUGCCCGAUGCUGGCCCUGCUCCCCUCUUGUCCGUCAACUGUAGCUAUGGGAACCUCACUGCAGAGGCGCCAGUACCGCCAGAACUCCUCCAGGGGGCGCUGGCACGUUCCUUCCAGACCUCUACACACCUCACACUGGGCUGGAAGGUGAGAGCGCACCUGGUAAGCAGGAGGAUAGGAGUGGAUCGACCUCAAAUCCAGGUGUUGUUUUAUCUGGCGGGCCGUAGGUGGGAGGAUGGGGAUCCUCCCGCAGAACUACUUCCGUGUAUCCGUGUUGUUGGGUUCCGUGAUCCAGGGGAAGGCUCUGUAUCAACUGCCUGCCGACUGGAGGGAAACCUGGGGAUCUGUGUAGCACAGCUUGGCAUUCCAACGACCUGGUUCAAUGUUCCUUCACCACGUAGACGCACACAGGAGCCCGUUCCUGUCACGGUGGAGUUGCACUACUCUAUCCUUCCUCCAGAGGCCCUGGGGAAAAAGUGUGUAGCAGGUAGGGUGCAAGGAAAGGCUGUAGGGCAGGAAGGGGAUAUGCAAAGGAUUGGGACGGUGAUUCUCACCACUGGGGACAACAAAGUGCCCAGAAACCGACUUAGACUGGAUGGAGAUGUCGAGAUUCUGGCACCCAUCAACCCGGUUAAACAAGGACAGACAGUGGGAUUUCAAGUACUAAUGAAUUCUGCUGCUGCUACUGAGCAGUUCACAUUGAGAGUCCAGCAUGGGGAAGGCAUUAAUUUCAUGGUGGUGAAGCCCAGUAAUCUGGCAGCGUGGGAAAUCAAGCAAGAAGUAGGCUCCUCCUCCCUGUCCAUGUUCUGCCAGAGGAAGGCCAGCACCACCAAUGAGAAACUUGAUGGUUCCUUCUAUGAGAUCAUGUGGGUGGACUUUGAGAUUGACAAUUUCAUCAACCUGCAGUCAUCGCAGACCGUCCGCUGGCAGAUAGAGUAUCCCUCCACUGAAGUGUCUGCUGAAGUCAUCUCCACCAUCUAUAUCAGCCAGAGAGACCUGCAGGGAAUCGUACCCAUCGCUGAGGACACAGAGAUCCUGAACACAGCGAUUCUGACUGGACGGCGCGUUGCCAUCCCAGUCAAGGUUGUUACCGUGGAACAGGAUGGAACGGUGAGAGAGGUUGAUGACCCCGUGACCUGCAUCUCCACAGAUGAGGACGUUCUCAAGGUGUCUCUUGGUUGUGAUGAGGUGUUGGUGAAUGGGAAAGAGAAGAAUGGGCAUAUCUCUAUUCAAGUGAACUUUACCUACCUCUAUUUGACCAGCCAAUUAGAGCUCACCGUCUGGGUGCCACGGUUACCGCUACAGAUUGACGUCUCUGAUGCCGAACUCAGCCAAGUUAAAGGAUGGAGGGUCCCCAUCAUCACCAACAAGAGGCCGACACGGGACAGUGAGGAUGAUGAAGAGGAUGAGAGGAAGGGCAGAGGCUGUGCCCUGCAGUAUCAGCACGCUCUGGUGCGUGUUCUCACACACUUUGUAGCCGAGCCAGCUGGCCCUGGUGGGGAGCUUGUGCACAUGCUAGGUUCUGAUUGGUCAGCCGACAUCACAGAUAUGGUCCUGGACUUCCUGAAAGUGGAAGAUACAAGCUUUGCACGACUAAUUGAUGGAAGGGUGCUGGUGGGAAGAGACCCAGGCAUCACCAAUAUACAGGUGAUAUCCCCUCUUUCUGACUCCAUUCUGGCUGAGAAGGCCAUCACAGUGGUUGAUGAUAAAGUGACCAUCACUGAUCUUGGAGUUCAGUUGGUGGGCUCUUUGAGUCUCUCACUGCAGCCCAGUUCCACCAACAACAGAGCCUUCUACAUCACAACCACUGCUCAGGACCUGCUGCACACACCAAAACAGGAAGCCAUUAUCAGUGCAUGGAUUCAGUACAGCGAUGGCUCUGUGACCCCUCUUGAUAUCUAUGACCCCAAAGAUUUUACUUUAACCAUCACCUCACUGGAUGAGAACGUGGUCUCCACCUAUCAAGAACAUUCCCAAUGCUGGCCCAUUAUAGUGGCGGAAGGCGAGGGCCAGGGAGCACUACUGCGUGUGGAGAUGAUGAUCUCAGAAACCUGCCAGAAAUCCAAGAGGAAGAGCAUUUUGGCAAUGGGGAUAGGAAAUGUACAAGUGAAGUUUGGACAGAACGACCUGGAGCAGAGGAGCGGAACUCAUAAUGAGAACAGUCUGGACAACAGCACAAAUGAACAGAGACAUAAGGUUCUAGAGCCGGAUAAAACAAGUGGAGGAGACAGCUGGAAAUACACAAACACCGCAGUAGAACGGGAAGAGUCAGUCCUAAAGAAAGUCAGCACAACCUCAAAGACUCCGCUAACUAGUCGUUCCGGGGGAAACAAACAGAGUGGGGGACAAAACAACAACCCUGUGGACUAUACCAGUUUCCCAGCACUGGUGGAUCUACCUGGUGGAGCAGAGAGCGACUUGACUCAGGCUCCAAGAGGUCUGUCCGACCUGGAAAUUGGCAUGUAUGCCCUGCUUGGAGUCUUUUGCCUUGCUAUCCUCGUCUUCCUCAUCAACUGUGUCAGUUUUGCCUUCCGCUUCCGCCACAAACAGCUCCCUGUUCUGGAGCAGGGCAACAUGAACCAUGCCCACGACUGGGUGUGGCUCGGUAAUGAAGCGGACCUGAUGGAUCAUCACGGCAACCACGGGCCACUGGCACACAACGAUGAGUGCACGACUGCGAUAGAUCGCAACGAGGGGUGCGAGGAGAGCAAGUUUCUCCUCAACGGGAGCAGUGUUCAGAAAAGCGGGUCAGCACACGGACAUGUCAUCCCCCACGUUCACUCCGAUCCUCGGUCCUGUUUGGGAAACGACCCCAGUGGAAAAAUUGAACCCCCUAACAACUCUCCCAGUGCUGCCAAGCGCAAAAGGGUCAAGUUUACUUCCUUCGCCACUGUACUACCGGACGAAGGUGGGCCGUACACCAACUCCAUCCUUAUUGGUAAUGAAGAUAACAUCAAGUGGGUCUGUCAAGACAUGGACCUGGGACAGUCGGCUGAGCUCAGAAGUUACAUGGAGAGACUGCAAGACAAUCUGUAGGAGCUGGGAAGAAAACAAAAGAAAGGGGAAGUGAGAGGGCGGACACACAAAAACUCACCAGAAAUGCCUUUGCACUGUUGGAGGAUUGCAGGGAGAGAAGGAGGGAGGAAUUGUUAAAGAAUCGAAAGUAGAUGCAAGUAGGGAUUAGAGAGGAAUACAAUCUUUUGGGAGUUUUGAGUUAAGUGGGAAAUUCACGAAAAGGGGAAAUGGGUUAAGAGAGACUGGCACGUUCGUACUGGCUCCGCCGAGCGGUCCAGGUGGCGCAAAGUGAGCAGCUGCCAAUUGGCUAGCACAGGGACAGAAUGCCAGUUACCAACACCCAGAAUAAACAAGCCCAAACAAGACCAGUGAGAAAAAAAAAAAAACCUUGACAGCUGUACAGAAAAUCACAGUCCAUGGAAGUCAAUAAACAGGAGUUGUUAUCGCUAGUGUAUCUGAGUGUUUUGUUUUAUUUCGAUUCAAAUCAAACAAGUCAGAAUUAUGGACUGAUACAACAGAUUUUAUUUUUUGAGAUAAUCCCAGGCUUUUUCCAGAUUAGUAUGUAACUAGACCAGACCCUGCCCCAGAUCCAGGUGUUAUUUCUAACCAUUCAUUUUGUACUCUGUCUCUCCUGUGUGAAUACCAAGAGAGCUUGGGUGCAAGAACUUGUGGGAUUCCCCCUGGCUGGAAUCUGUACCAGCUGUAUCUGCACACACACUGUUCAAGGAGUCAAAAAAACACCAAAACACAACGGUCCUCCCUCUCCAUCUCUCCUCUUGGAGAAAAACAGAAGACAUCAAUGAUGAAAAGCAACAAGAGAAUAAAAAGACUCCUCAUGCAGUGUUCAGUUGAUCAAGUGAAUGUGAAAAAAAGGCAGUUUGUUCAUUUGCACAAUAAGAAUAAUACAGAAAGUGCUUAGAGUGGCACCUCAGCUGAUCUGAGACCGGCCAUCUUGACUGUCCAUACAGCAACUGAUCCAGGCAUACAGCCUGAAAGUUUGAAGAUGCGAUGAUAAACACAUGACAGACCGUGUAGAAAUACAAGCCCACAAGAAUGAGCUGUGUCUGUUAUAAAACCAUAUGAUUGCUGUGAUAGAAAAAUAUUCAAGAGUAGAUAUGGUCUGUUACUCUCCAGUAUGGUAAAUGUAUGAAAGUUUCUCUUUUUAUUGAGGCAAAAUGUACAUCGUUUUCCCCCUUUUUACAUGGCUGGAGCACCUGCCCAUGGUUUUAACAUGUCCUAUAGGUUUUAAAGCAACUUUAUAUUUCUGCCUCACUAACCCCAACGUUUACCCGGUUCCUUGAAUCCUUGUUGUUUAUAUUACUGAAGAGUUGUAGGGAAGGACAGAUGUGGACACCUUCUCUUUGAAAGCUCAGGUGAAAAUAUGCUCACAGAUGAACAGUGGUAGAAUUGAAAUGUAGAUUGUAAGAAUGCAAUAUUUAUUUGUAAGUGUAAAAUGAGAUAGGAUGUAAAUAAAAUGAUUAAAAAUUUCUUGUGGACACUGCAAGAAGGCUGUUGCCUACAUUUUCACAAUCAACACAAGAGUCUUGAGGCCAUUAUGAUUGUUUCCUAUUUUAUGUGCAAGUCUGAUUUCCUUCUGGAGGAAUAAAAAUAAUAGGCUUUAAUAUGUUAAGACAUGUCAUGGGUUCUGUCUUUUACAUCAGAUUCCAAAUUUAGACAGAGGUCAGUCCUUUCCUUUGAUAUUUUAUUUCUGUUGGUUUCAAAUGUGUUUGAUUUAUUUAAAGCUACAUUAGAAGUAGUGGAGAGCAGAUUUAAUUGUAAUUGGAAAGUAUUUAUAUACAUGCAAAAGUGAAAAUUUCUUUUUUUACCCAUUUUCCAAUUACAUUUUUGCCUUUAUAAAAGAUAUGUAUUUUAAAGUACAAAUAUUCCAUGUAGUAUCUUAGUUAAUUUGAGGUUAUUUUUUUGUUUUUAUUUUUUGUUUUAUAAUAAAUAUGUAUAAUAAAUAUUAAAUUUCUUUACAAAAACUAUUAAUUUUUCUAUUUAAUUUUUUAUGGAUGUUAAUACAUUUUGUAAGCUAUUUCGUCAUCCGUUAUAUGAAAUGCGAGAACAGACUUUUAACUGUAAUAUUUUACCUUUUAACUUGUAUGUGUCUAUUAAUAAAACUAUCCAUUAUUAUUUUUAUUAUUAUUAUUAUUAUUAUGGUGAAUUUAUUGUUCCAUUUAAACCUGCUCUCCCCUAAUAAAAUUGCUGUUUUGUCUUAAGCGAUGUUAGAAUCCAUUAAUUUGACUGAAAUGCUUAAAGAUACGCUGGAACUGAAAUGGUUAUAGAUUUUGACAGUCAUUGGGACAACAGCAGUUUGCGACAAAAACACAAUUUCAUAUAGUAGAGUACGAGAGUGAGCUGUUGAGCUCAUGUGUUUGCCAAGGCCAUUGCUGACACCUCUUCAACCAGGAGAAUAUACUGGAUUGUAACAAUAACACUCUUCAUUCACCAUCCACACGAGGCCUUAGAUGCAGUGUCACAAUGUCUGAUGACUCAAGAUGGAGAAUAUGAACUCAUCUUUAUUCCAUAGUCAUUUGCUUAGUGAUAUUCUGAUGAUCUAUUCCUAAAUGCCCAUUCUCUGCAUUUUCUCAUAAACCAUGUCGUAUCCUGCUAUAUGACUCCAUGUUUUCAUAUAAACAUACUUGUCUGAUAAACAGCUUCAUGUCCAUGUUUACAAAUCUAUAUUUUCAUAUAAAUAAGUUUUAACACCUGAAGACGUCAUGAUUUUGUACAAAUAUACAGAUCUAAAAGCAGAAAGAAUAACUUAACACACCUGCAACGUUCUUAUUUUACAGAAGUACCGACAUCCGUUAAUGUCCCUUUGCUGGUAUUUGUUCAGUAUUACCCUCACUGUGUAUAUGCUUUUUUUUCAUUAAAGUUCUUGCCUAUUGA